AUGUUUUUUCAGGUAUUUGACAUCCGCCAGUGCCACGAACAAAUGAAACACUUAGCCCAGUCGGCCCAAGCAGCUGCAGUUCGUCAGGCUGCUGCCGUCGUAGGCAGUAACGUGGUUGGCAGCACGAUGAAUGCUGUCGCUGGGGUGGGAGGCCCAUCGGUCCCCGGUCCGACCGGAGGCGGUUCUGUUAAUAGUGGUAUGGCUGGGCCAUCCCCAUCUGGCGUCGUCGCUUCUAGUAGAUAUCCUACUGCAGGAUCAACUCAAAUGGUCGGGGGUAGUAGCACUGCGAGUGCUAGUGGUGGAAUUAGCUCCAGCAGUUCCGGACCUUGUGGGGCUAAUAACGCUCCUUCUGGUGCAUCUGGGGGUGGUCCCUCAUUGGCUGCAACUGCCGGGGUUGGCGUAGACGACUUGCGCCGCCUA